UCCAAUUUCAUAUACAUCAUCAUAUUUUUCUCCAUAUAUAAUAUAUAUGAGAAUCACACCAUCGGUCCUACAGUUCUUAGGAAUUUUGUUCCUAAAUGUUCUUAUCACUACCCAGGCUUUGAGGCAUUACAAGUUUGUGGUGAGAGAUGCUCCCUUCACAAAGCUUUGCAGUGCAAAGAACAUCUUAACAGUAAAUGGAGAAUUUCCAGGGCCAACAUUGUAUGUUACAAAAGGAGAAAGCAUAAUUGUUGAUGUGUAUAACAGAGCUAACUAUAACAUCACCAUUCACUGGCAUGGAGUGAACCAACCAAGAUAUCCAUGGUCUGAUGGCCCUGAAUUCAUCACUCAGUGUGCCAUUCAACCUGGUGGUUUGUUCUCUCAAAAGGUUAUCUUUUCUGAAGAGGAAGGCACACUUUGGUGGCAUGCUCACAGUGAUUGGUCUCGUGCUACUGUUCACGGUGCUAUUGUCAUUAAACCCAAGCCUGGACAUACAUAUCCAUUUCCAAAGCCAGAUAGAGAGGUUCCAAUGAUAUUAGGUGAAUGGUGGAAGCAAGAUGUUGUCAAAGUUUUUGAUGAUCUUGUUUCAACUGGAGCAGAUGCUGCCAUCUCUGAUUCUUACACUAUCAAUGGUCAACCUGGUGAUCUUCAUCCAUGUUCUGCCAAUGAGACCUUCAAACUAAAUGUGGAACAUGGCAAGACUUAUCUUCUGAGAAUGAUCAAUGCUGCAAUGCAAGACCUUCUCUUCUUUGCAAUCGCUAAACAUCAAUUGACAGUGGUUGGAAGCGAUGGAAGCUAUGUGAAGCCAUUCAAAGUGGAUUACAUAACAAUAUCACCAGGUCAAACCAUGGAUGUGUUGCUUGAAGCUAAUCAACCUUUGGAUCAAUAUUACAUGGCUGCCAAAGCCUAUUCAAGUGCUUUCAAUGUUAGAUUUGAUAACACAACAACCACUGCUAUUCUUCAAUACAAGAAGGGAAACUACAUUAUUCCAUCUUCAAUAAGCACUCCUCACAUGCCUUCACUUCCAUCUUUCAAUGACACCAAUUCCUCUGUCAACAUCAUAACUCAAAUGAGAAGCUUGGCAGAUGAAGCACACCCAGUUGACGUGCCAUUGAACAUAACAACCAAUCUGUUCUACACCGUUUCAGUUAACUCAUUGCCAUGUCCAAAUGGUACCAUAUGCAAAGGCCCUCGUGGAAAUAACCGGUUUGCAGCAAGCAUGAACAACGUCAGCUUCCAGUUACCACAAAACAAUAACAUUAACAUCUUGCAGGCUUAUUAUAACAACAUAAGUGGUGUGUUCAGUGAAAAUUUUCCAGAUGUGCCACCACUACUAUUUGAUUUCACUGCUUCCAAUUUGUCCACAUUUCUUAGAACUCCAUCGGUAGAUACAGAGGUGAAGGUGCUUGAGUAUGGCUCCACGGUGGAGCUUGUUCUUCAAGGGACUAAUUUGCUGGCUGGUACUGAGCAUCCAAUGCACUUGCAUGGCCAUAGUUUCUACGUAGUUGGAUGGGGAUUUGGAAAUUAUAACAAAGACAAAGAUCCUUUCAACUAUAAUCUCGUUGAUCCUCCUUAUCAGAAUACAGUGGCUGUACCUAAAAAUGGUUGGGUAGCCAUAAGAUUUCAGACCAAAAAUCCAGGUAGAAAUUAAAUUACUUAUAUUUGA